AGUCAUCUGGCCAGAAGAGUAUGGAUCCAGCAGAGGCUGAGCACUUAAGACACGCUGUAUCCCCUCAAGGCGUGUUAGUAGGCAAACACGAGUCCACCAUCACGCAAAUCAUGGAACAUUUGCAACAGCUUGCUACCAGUGUCUCCCAGUUAAGAAGCGAGCUGGGUACCAUGCAGGAUCAGCCUCCUCAACCAGCUCCUGCACCUCCACUAGCCGAGCCAUCUGCUGCCUCUCCCCCGUCAGCUAGUUCUUAUUACAGUGCUCCUUAG